AUGUGCUUGAGGACUGAGUUAUUUCGAGAUCUUGCACCAUUGUUAUGGAAUUCUUUUGGCACUAUUGCUAUACUUUUACAGACUUUUUUUUUAUGUUGGACAAUUUUACAGGAAAUAAUUUCAAUAUUUCCUAAUAUUCCGUUGCAAAAUCUUACUCUUGCACAAUCAACUCGAGUGUGCAAUGUUCUUGCACUACUUCAGUGUGUGGCAUCUCACCCUGAUACAAAGAUGUUAUUUCUCAAUGCCAACAUGCCUUUGUAUUUGUAUCCUUUUCUUCAAACAACAAACCAGUUGCCACAAUUUGAACAUUUGAGGCUUGCUAGCCUUGGAGUUAUUGGUGCAUUGGUAAAGGUUAGCACCAAAGAAGUAAUAACUUAUCUUCUUUCAAGCGAGAUAAUUCCCUUGUGUUUGAGCAAUAUGGAAAUUGGAAAAGAAGUAUCAAGAACGGUAGCAACAUUUAUAAUUCAAAGAAUUCUGGGAGAUGGUGAUGGUUUGGCUUAUAUUUGCGCUGCAGCAGAUCGAUUUUUUGCUGUACGUCAAGUUUUGGACAUGAUGUUGAAAAAUCUUGAGAAACGACCUUCGCCUCGUCUUUUCAAGCUCGUAAUUUCAUGUUAUUCUCGUUUAUCGGAUAAUCACAGCAGGGCUGCCAUUGCACUAGCAAGCUAUCUUCCAAAUAUGCUCACAAAUGCAACUUUCAAUAAUUAUUUUCGUGAAGAUCCAACAACUUGGAGGUUGGUGGAGCAUCUGUAUGAAAAUAUAGGGAUGAACCAGGAUCCAUUAGCACCAGGUGAAGGAGAAAUCAUCAAUGAUGUUGUUGGAACAUCAUUGUUUGGUAAAUGAUAUGUCUUGUUAUGUUUAUUGGGUUUGCAACACCAGAACUUUAUAAGCAAGUUAUAUUUCUACUUGAAAACAUGAAUCAAGUCAAUAAUUGCUUAUGCAUUAAACUGUAAUAAUCACCUUAAAUUUGAAGAUGUUUCUUGAUUGUGCUAAUAGAUUUAUA